GCAGCCCCGGCGAAGCGUGGGGACGCGAGUGAGAGGCAGAGCGAGACUGUGCGAAGGGAGGACCGACGGGGACCUCGGGGAGCGUGCGGAUGUCGGUGUCCCCGGGGCCAGGGAUGCCCUCUGCAUCUUUAUUAGUAAAUCUUCUUUCAGCUUUAUUCAUCCCUUUUGUGUUUGGAGAAACAGAAGUAAGGUUUGCCGGACAAACAGAAUUUGUAGUUAAUGAAACAAGUACAACAGUUAUUCGUCUUGUCAUUGAAAGGAUAGGAGACCCAGCAAAUGUCACUGCAAUUGUAUCGCUGUAUGGAGAUGACACCGGUGACUUUUUUGACACAUAUGCUGCAGCUUUUAUACCUGUUGGAGAAACAAAUAGGACAGUGUACAUAGCAGUAUGUGAUGAUGAUUUACCGGAGCCGGAUGAAACUUUUAUUUUUCACCUGAUUUUACAGAAACCUUCAGCAAAUGUGAAGCUUGGAUGGCCAAGGACUGUUACUGUGACAAUAUUGUCAAAUGACAAUGCAUUUGGAAUUAUUUCAUUUAAUAUGCCUUUCUCAAUCACAGUGAGUGAGCCCCCGGGCAGAAAUGAAACUGUGCCUCUUACUCUCAUCAGAGAAAAAGGAACCUAUGGGAUGGUCAGUGUGACUUUUGAGGUAGAGGGUGGCCCAAACCCACCUGAAGAAGAUUUAAGUCCAGUUAAAGGGAACAUCACUGUUCCUCCUGGCAGUGGAACAGUAGUUUAUAACUUGACAGUUCUCGAUGACGAGGUACCAGAAAAUGAUGAAAUAUUUUUGAUUCAGCUGAAAAGUGUAGAAGGAGGAGCUGAAAUCAACACCUCCAGGAGCUCAGUUGAGAUCAUCAUUAAGAAAAAUGACAGUCCUGUGAGAUUCGUUCAGAGUGUUUAUUUGGUACCUGAGGAAGACCACAUACUCACAAUUCCAGUGGUUCGUGGAAAAGAUGACAAGGGAAAUAUGAUUGGAUCUGAUGAAUAUGAAAUUUCGAUCAAUUAUGUUGUUAUAACUGGGAAUUCAACAGCACACGCCCAGCAAAAUUUAGACUUCAUUGAUCUUCAGCCAAACACAACUAUUGUUUUUCCACCUUUUAUUUAUGAAUCACACCUGAAAUUUCAAAUAAUUGAUGAUGCCAUACCAGAGAUUGCUGAAUCAUUUCAUGUUAUGUUACUAAAAGAUACCUUACAGGGAGAUGCUGUGCUAUUAGUCCCUUCUGUUGUACAAGUCACCAUUAAGCCAAACGACAAACCUUAUGGUGUCCUCUCAUUCAGCAGUAUCUUGUUUGAAAAGACAGUUAUAAUUGAUGAAGAUACAACAUCAAGAUUUGAAGAAAUUACAGUGGUUAGAAAUGGUGGCACUCAUGGGAAUAUUUCUGUGAACUGGGUAUUGACACGGAAUAGCAGUGAUCCUUCACCGGUAACAGCAGAUAUCAGACCAAGUUCUGGAGUUCUCCAUUUUGCACAAGGGCAGAUGUUGGCAUCAAUUCCUCUUACUGUGGUUGAUGAUGAUCUUCCAGAAGAGGCAGAAGCUUACCUACUUAAGAUUCUCCCUCAUACAAUACGAGGAGGUGCAGAAGUGAGCGAACCAGCAGAGCUUUUGUUCUACAUUCAGGAUAGUGAUGAUGUUUAUGGCCUAAUAACAUUUUUUCCUAUGGAAAACCAGAAGAUUGAAAGUAGCCCACGUGAACGAUAUUUAUCCUUGAGUUUUAAAAGACUAGGAGGAACUAAAGGAGAUGUGAAUAUGUUUUAUUCUGCACUUUAUAUUCCUGCUGGAGAUGUGGACCCUUUGCGAGCAAAAGAUGGCAUCUUAAAUAUAUCCAGGAGAAGCAGCCUCAUUUUUCCAGAACAAAAAACCCAAGUCACUGUAAAAUUACCACUAAGAAAUGAUGCAUUCCUUCAAAAUGGGGCCCACUUCCUAGUACAGUUGGAAGAUCUGGAGUUGGUGAAUAUAGUUCCCCCAAUCCCACCCAUAAGUCCUAGAUUUGGAAAAAUCCGAAAUAUUUCUUUAGUGGUUACUCCAGACAUUGCAAAUGGAGAAAUUGGCUUUAUUAGCAAUCUUCCAAUCAUUUUGCAUGAACCAGAAGAUUUUGCUGCUGAAGUGGUAUGCAUUCCCUUACAUCGGGAUGGAACUGAUGGCCAGGCUACUGUCUAUUGGAGUUUGAAGCCCUCUGGCUUUAAUUCAAAAGCAGUGACCCUGGAUGAUAUAGGACCCUUUAAUGGCUCUGUUGUGUUUUUAUCUGGGCAAAGUGACACAACAAUCAACAUUACUGUCAAAGCUGAUGACAUACCGGAAAUGAAUGAGACGGUAACACUUUCUCUAGACAGGGUCAAUGUGGAAAACCAAGUGCUGAAAUCUGGAUAUACAAGCCGUGACCUAAUUAUUCUGGAAAAUGAUGAUCCUGGGGGAAUUUUUGAAUUUUCUCCUGCUUCCAGAGGACCCUAUAUUAUACAAGAAGGAGAAUCUGUAGAGCUCCACAUCAUCCGUUCCAGGGGAGCUCUUGUUAAGCAGUUUCUACACUACCGAAUAGAGCCAAGAGAUAGCAAUGAAUUUUAUGGGAACACAGGGGUACUGGAAUUUAAACCUGGGGAAAGGGAGAUUGUAAUCACCUUGCUAUCAAGAUUGGAUGGAAUACCAGAGUUGGAUGAACAUUAUUGGGUGGUCCUCAGCAGCCAUGGUGAACGGAAAAGCAAGUUGGGAAGCGCUACAGUUGUCAACAUAACGAUUCUAAAAAAUGAUGAUCCUCAUGGGAUUAUAGAAUUUGUUUCUGAUGAUCUAAUUGUUACGAUAAAUGAAAGUAAAGGAGACGAUACCUAUAGUGCUGUUUAUGGUGUAAUAAGAAAUCGAGGCAACUUUGGUGACGUUAAUGUAUCAUGGGUGGUUAGUCCAGACUUUACGCAAGAUGUAUUUCCUGUCCAAGGGACUAUUUUCUUUGGAGAUCAGGAAUUUUCAAAAAAUAUCACCAUUUACUCCCUUCCAGAUGAGAUUCCAGAGGAAAUGGAAGAAUUUACCAUUAUCCUACUUAAUGCCACUGGAGGAGCUAAAAUAGGAAAUAAAACUACUGCAACUCUGAGGAUUAGAAGAAAUGAUGACCCCAUUUAUUUUGCAGAACCUCGUGUAGUGAGGGUUCGGGAAGGUGAGACUGCUGACUUUAUAGUUCUCAGAAAUGGAUCUGUUGAUGUUGCCUGCACCGUCCAAUAUGCUACCAUGGAUGGGAAUGCUACCGCCAGAGAGGGGGACUUUGUUCCCAUUGAAAAAGGAGAAAUGCUUGUUUUUGCGGUUGGAAGUAGAGAGCAGAACAUAUCUGUAUUCAUUAAUGAAGAUGAUAUCCCAGAAACAGAUGAGUUCUUUUAUAUAAUUCUCUUUAAUUCAACAGGUGAUACAGUAGUAUAUCAAUUUGGAAUAGCUACAGUGAUAAUUGAAGCUAAUGAUGACCCAAAUGGUAUUUUUUCCUUGGAGCCCAUAGACAAAGCAGUAGAAGAAGGAAAGACUAAUUCAUUUUGGAUUUUGAGGCACCGAGGACACUUUGGCAAUGUUUCUGUGGCUUGGCAGCUCUUUCAGAAUGAUUCUGCUUUGCAACCUGGACAAGAGUUCUACGAAACUUCAGGCACUGUUAACUUUAUGGAUGGAGAAGGAGCCAAACCAAUAAUUCUCCAUGCUUUUCCAGACAAAAUUCCUGAAUUCAAUGAGUUUUAUAUUUUAAAGCUUGUGAACAUUUCAGGUGGGUCCCCAGGUCCUGGGGGCCAACUAGCAGGAACCAACCUCCAGGUGACAGUAAUGAUUCCAUUCAAUGAUGAUCCCUUUGGAGUUUUUAUCUUUGAUCCAGAGUGCCUAGAGAGAGAAGUGGCAGAAGAUGUCCUCUCAGAAGAUGAUAUGUCUUAUAUCACCAACUUUACUGUUCUGAGGCAGCAGGGUGUCUUCUGUGAUGUACGAGUAGGCUGGGAAAUACUGUCUAGUGAGUUCACUGCUGGUUUGCCUCCAAUGAUAGAUUUUUUGCUGGCUGGAAUUUUUCCCAGCACUGUGCAUUCACAACCGCACAUGAGGCGUCACCAUAGUGGAACAGAUGCUUUGUACUUCAGUGGACUAGAGGGUGCAUUUGGAACUGUUAAUCCAAAAUACCAUCCCUCAAGGAACAACUCAAUUGCCAACUUUACAUUUUCAGCUUGGGUAAUGCCCAAUGCCAAUACGAAUGGAUUUGUUAUAGCAAAGGAUGAUGGUAAUGGAAGCAUCUACUAUGGGGUAAAAAUUCAAACAGAUGAAUCCCAUGUGACACUUUCCCUUCAUUACAAAACUCUGGGUUCUGAUGCUACAUAUAUUGCCAAGACGACAGUCAUGAAAUACUUAGAAGAAAAUGUUUGGCUGCAUCUUCUAAUUAUCCUCGAUGAUGGUAUAAUUGAAUUCUACCUUGAUGGAAAUGCAAUGCCCAGAGGAAUCAAGAGUCUAAAAGGAGAAGCCAUUACUGAUGGUCCAGGAACACUGAGAAUUGGGGCAGGAGUGAAUGGCAAUGACAGAUUUACAGGUCUGAUGCAGGAUGUGAGGGCCUAUGAGCAGAAAUUGACCCUUGAAGAAAUUUACGAACUUCAUGCCAUGCCAGCAAAGAGUGAUUUACACCCUGUUUCUGGAUAUCUGGAAUUCAGACAGGGAGAAACUAACAAAUCAUUCAUUAUUUCUGCAAGAGAUGACAAUGAAGAGGAAGGAGAAGAAUUAUUCAUUCUUAAACUAGUCUCUGUAUGUGGAGGAGCUCGCAUUUCUGAAGAGAAUACUACAGCAAGAUUGAUAAUACAAAAAAGUGACAAUGCCAAUGGCUUGUUUGGUUUCACAGGAGCCUGUAUACCAGAGAUUGCAGAGGAGGGAUCCACCAUUUCAUGUGUGGUGGAGCGAACCAGAGGAGCUCUGGAUUACGUGCAUGUUUUUUACACCAUCUCACAGAUCGAAUCUGAUGGUGUUAAUUACCUUGUUGACGAUUUUGCUAAUGCCAGUGGAACUAUCACAUUCCUUCCUUGGCAGAGAUCAGAGGUCCUGAAUCUUUAUGUCCUUGAUGAUGAUAUUCCAGAGCUUAAUGAGUAUUUCCGUGUGACAUUGGUUUCUGCGGUUCCUGGAGACGGGAAACUAGGUUCAACUCCCACCAGUGGUGCAAGCAUAGACCCUGAAAAGCAAACAACAGAUAUCACCAUCAAAGCUAGUGAUCAUCCAUAUGGCUUGCUACAGUUCUCCACUGGGCUGCCUCCCCAGCCUGAGGACACAAUGACCCUGCCUGCAAGCAGUGUUCCACACAUCACCGUGCAGGAGGAAGAUGGAGAAGUUAGGUUGCUGGUCGUCCGUGCUCAAGGGCUCCUGGGGAGGGUUACGGCGGAAUAUAGAACAGUAUCACUGACGGCAUUCAGUCCUGAGGACUACCAGAGUGUUGCUGGUACCUUAGAAUUUCAACCAGGAGAAAGAUUUAAGUACAUUUCUGUUAACAUCACUGAUAAUUCUAUUCCUGAAUUGGAAAAAUCCUUUAAAGUUGAGUUGUUAAACUUGGAGGGAGGAGUGACUGAACUCUUUAGGGUUGAUGGCAGUGGUAGUGGUGAUGGGAACAUGGAAUUCUUCCUUCCAGCUAUUCACAGACGUGCCAGUCUAGGAGUGGCUUCCCAAAUUCUAGUGACAAUUGCAGCCUCUGACCAUGCUCACGGUGUAUUUGAAUUUAGCCCUGAGUCACUCUUUGUCAGUGGAACUGAACCAGAAGAUGGGUACAGCACUGUUAUAUUAACGAUUAUGAGACAUCAUGGGACUCUGUCUCGAGUGACUUUGCUUUGGAGCAUAGACUCUGAUCCUGAUGGCGAUCUGGCCUUCACCUCUGGCAACGUCACAUUUGAGAUUGGACAGAAGAGCGCCAACAUCACAGUGGAAAUAUUGCCUGAUGAAGAUCCAGAAUUGGAUAAGGCAUUCUCUGUGUGUAUCCUCAGUGUCUCCAGUGGCUCUUUGGGAGUUCAUACUAAUGCCACAUUAAUAGUUUUGGCUAGUGAUGAUCCUUAUGGGGUCUUCAUCUUUUCUGAGAAAAAUAGACCUAUUGAAGUGGAGGAAGCUACCCAGAACAUCACUUUGUCAAUAAUAAGGUUAAAAGGCCUCCUGGGAAGAGUCAAAGUCACAUAUGCAACACUGGAUGAUAUGGAAAAACUGCCUUAUUUUCCACCUAAUUUAGCCAGAGCAACUCAAGGAAAAGACUAUAUUCCAGCUUCUGGAUUCGCUCUUUUCAGAGCCAAUCAGAGCGAGGCAACAAUAACUAUUUCAAUUUUGGAUGAUGAUGAACCAGAAAGGUCGGAGUCUUUGUUUAUUGAACUGCUCAACUCUACUUUAAUAGAGAAAGUACAGAAUCGCCCAAUUCCAAACUCUCCACGCCUUGGGCCUAAGGUAGAAACUAUUGCUCAUCUAAUUAUCAUUGCCAAUGAUGAUGCGUUUGGAAUUCUUCAGCUCUCAGCCCCAAUCGUUCGAGUUGCAGAAGAUCAUGUUGGACCCAUUAUCAAUGUGACUAGAACAGGAGGAGCAUUUGCAGAUGUUUCUGUGAAGUUUAAAGCUGUGCCAAUAACUGCAAUAGCCGGUGAAGAUUAUAGCAUAGCUUCAUCGGAUGUAGUCUUGCUAGAAGGGGAAACAAGUAAAGCCGUGCCAAUAUAUAUCAUUAAUGACAUCUACCCUGAGCUGGAAGAAUCUUUUCUUGUGCAACUGCUGAAUGAAACAACAGGAGGAGCCAAACUAGGGGCAUUAACAGAGGCGAUCAUUAUUAUUGAGGCCUCUGAUGACCCCUAUGGAUUAUUUGGUUUUCAGAUUACUAAACUUAUUGUAGAGGAACCUGAGUUUAACUCAGUGAAGGUAAACCUGCCAAUAAUUCGAAAUUCUGGGACACUCGGCAAUGUUACUGUUCAGUGGGUUGCCACCAUUAAUGGACAGCUUGCUACUGGCGACCUGCGAGUUGUCUCAGGUAAUGUGACCUUUGCCCCUGGGGAAACCAUUCAAACCUUGUUGUUAGAGGUCCUGGCUGACGACGUUCCGGAGAUUGAAGAGGUUAUCCAAGUGCAACUAACUGAUGCCUCUGGUGGUGGUACUAUUGGGUUAGAUCGAGUGGCAAAUAUUACUAUUCCUGCCAAUGAUAAUCCUUAUGGUACAGUAGCCUUUGUUCAGUCGGUUUAUCGUGUUCAAGAGCCUCUGGAGAGAAGUUCCUGUGCUAACAUAACUGUCAGGAGAAGCGGAGGGCGCUUUGGUCGGCUGUUGUUGUUCUACAGUACUUCCGAUAUUGAUGUAGUGGCUCUUGCAGUUGAGGAGGGUCAAGACUUACUGUCCUACUAUGAAUCGCCAAUUCAAGGGGUGCCUGACCCACUUUGGAGAACUUGGGUGAAUGUCUCUGCAAUGGGGGAACCCCAGUACACCUGUGCCACUUUGUGCCUCAAAGAACACGCAUGCUCAGCGUUUUCCUUUCUCGGUGCUUCUGAAGGCCCCCAAUGUUUUUGGAUGACAUCGUGGAUCAGCCCAACCAUGAACAACUCAGACUUCUGGACCUACAAGAAAAACAUGACCAGGGUAGCGUCUCUUUUUAGCAGUCAGGCUGUGGCUGGUAGUGACUACGAGCCUGUGACAAGGCAAUGGGCCGUAAUGCUGGAAGGUGAUGAAUUUGCAAAUCUCACAGUUUCUAUUCUUCCCGACGAUUUCCCAGAGAUGGAUGAGAGUUUCCUAAUUUCUCUCCUUGAAGUUCAUCUUAUGAACAUCACAGCCAGUCUUAAAAACCAACCAACCAUAGGACAGCCAAAUACUUCUACAGUUGUCAUAGCAUUAAAUGGUGAUGCCUUUGGAGUGUUUGUGAUCUACGGUAUUAGUCCCAAUACCUCAGAAGAUGGCUUAUAUAUUGAAGUUCAGGAGCGGCCCCAAACCACAGUGGAGAUGAUGAUCCACAGGACAGGGGGCAGCUUAGGUCAGGUGACAGUCCAAUGGCGUGUUGUUGGUGGAACAGCUAUUGAAGGUUUAGAUUUUAUAGGUGCUGGAGACAUUCUGACUUUUGCUGAAGGUGAAACCAAAAAGAUAGCCAUUUUAACCAUUUUGGAUGACUCUGAGCCAGAGGAUGAUGAAAGCAUCAUAGUCAGCUUGGUGUACACCGAAGGCGGAAGUAGAAUUUUGCCCAGUUCCGACACCGUCAGAGUGAACAUUUUGGCCAACGACAAUGUGGCAGGAGUCGUUAGCUUUCAGACUGCUUCCAGAUCUGUCAUAGGUCAUGAAGGAGAAAUUUUACAAUUCCAUGUGAUGAGAACACCCCCUGGUCGAGGAAAUGUUACUGUUAACUGGAAAAUUAUUGGGCAAAACCUAGAACUCAAUUUUGCUAACUUUACCGGACAACUCUUCUUUCCUGAGGGGUCAUUGAAUAAAACAAUAUCUGUGCAUCUGUUGGAUGACAAUAUUCCUGAGGAGAAAGAAGUAUACCAGGUCAUUCUGUAUGAUGUCAGGACACAAGGAGUUCCACCAGCAGGAACUGCUCUGCUUGAUGCUCAAGGAUAUGCAGCUGUUCUGACCGUAGAAGCCAGUGAUGAACCACAUGGAGUGUUAAGUUUUGCUCUUUCAUCAAGAUUUGUUUUGCUACAGGAGGCUAACAUGACAAUUCAGCUUUUCAUCAACAGAGAAUUUGGAUCUCUAGGAGACAUUAAUGUCACAUAUACCACAGUUCCUGGAAUGUUGAGUCUAAAGAACCAAACAGAAGGAAACCUAGCUGAGCCAAAUGUUGACUUUGUCCCAGUAAUUGGCUUUCUGAUUUUAGAAGAAGGGGCAACAGCAGCAGCCAUCAACAUUACUAUACUUGAGGACGAUGUACCAGAACUAGAAGAAUAUUUCCUUGUGAAUUUAACUUAUGUGGAACUUAUCAUGGCUCCUUUAACUUCAUUUCCUCCUAGACUAGAAAAGACUCAGUUAAUUCAUUACAGACUGAAAGAUUCAGAGGGCUUGACUGCACAAAUUAUUAUUGAUGCCAAUGACGGUGCUCGAGGCAUGAUUGAGUGGCAACAGAGCAGAUUUGAAGUAAACGAAACCCAAAGAAGUUUAACAUUGGUAGCCCAGAGGAGCAAAGGGACUCUUGGCCACGUUUCCUUGUUUGUAUAUGCCCAGAAUUUGGAAGCACAGCUGGGGCUGGAUUACGUCUUUACCGCAAUGAUUCUUCAUUUUGCUAAUGGAGAAAGGUAUAAACAUGUUGACAUCAUGAUUCUUGAUGAUGACAUUCCGGAAGGAGAUGAAGCAUUUCAGCUGAUUUUAACAAAUCCUUCUCCUGGACUGGAGCUGGGGGAAAAUAUAAUAGCCUUAAUCACUGUCCUUGCUAAUGAUGAUGGCCCUGGAAUUCUAGCAUUUAACAACAGUGAGCACUUUUUCCUACGAGAACCGACAGCUCUCUACAUCCAGGAGAGUGUGGCAGUGUUGUACAUUGUUCGGGAACCUGGACAGGGACUGUUCGGAACUGUGACAGUUCAGUUCAUUGUGACAGAAGUGAAUUCUUCAAUGGAGUCGAAAGAUCUGACUCCUUCCAAAGGCUAUAUUGUUUUAGAAGAAGGUGUUCGUUUCAAGGCCCUACACAUAUCAGCCAUAUUGGACACGGAACCAGAGAUGGAUGAGCAUUUUGUCUGUACCUUGUUUAAUCCGACUGGAGGUGCUAGACUAGGGGCCCGUGUUCAAACCCUGAUAACAGUUUUGCAAAACCAGGCCCCUUUGGGGCUAUUCAGUAUCUCUGCAGUUGCAAAUAGAGCCACCUCUAUAGACACUGAAGAAGCCAACAGGACUGUAUAUUUAAAUGUGUCACGUACUAAUGGCAUUGAUUUAGCUGUGAGUGUGGAGUGGGAGACAGUUUCUGAAACAGCCUUUGGCAUGAGGGGAAUGGAUGUUAAGUUUUCUAUAUUUCAAAGUUUUUUGGAUGCAUCGGCUUCUGGCUGGUGUUUCUUUACUUUGGAAGAUUCAGUAUAUGGUAUAAUGUUAAGAAAAUUGUCUUCUACUGUUUACCGAUGGCAAGGGAUUUUUGUUCCACUUGAGGAUUUACAUAUAGAAAAUCCUAAAACUUGUGAGGCCUUUAAUAUGGGUCUUUCCCCCUACAUUGUGAUUACUCAUGAAGAAAGAAAUGAAGAAAAGCCUUCUGUUAACAGUGUGUAUACAUUCACAUCUGGAUUCAAAUUAUUCCUGGUACAAACAAUCACUAUUUCAGAAAGUUCUCAAGUAAGAUAUUUUACUUCAGACAGUCAAGAUUAUGUAAUUGUUGCAAGUCAAAGGGAUUAUUCUGAAUUAACUCAGGUCUUCAGAUGGAAUGGAGGAAGCUUUGUGUUGCAUCAGACACUCCGUGUCCGAGGUGUGCUGAGCAUGGCCUCAUUCACCAGAGGAGGUGCUAUGUUCUUAGCCAUUUCGCAGGCUAAUGUCAGGUCAAACUCCCUUUUACUCAGGUGGUCUGGAAAUGAGUUUAUUAACUUUCAAGAAGUUCCCAUCAGUGGAACAACACAAGUUGAAGCCUUGACUUCAGGCGAUGAUAUUUACUUAAUUUUUGCCAAAACUGUUUUUCCAGGAGAUCAGAAUUCAAUUGAAAUUUUCAUCUGGGAGGGAGGACAGUCUUCUUUCAGAUAUUUUCAAUCCCUGGAUUUUGCUACUGUUAAUAAGAUCCACUUCUUCACACCAGCCUCAGGAAUAGUCCACAUACUUCUUGUUGGCCAAGCUGUGUCUGCUCUUUACUGCUGGAAUUCAGAGCUGAAUCAAUUCUCUUUUAUUCUGGAAGCACCAUCUGCUCAUGAUGCAGCCUCUGUUACAGUAAAGUCCCUUAAUUCAAGCAAGCAUUUAAUUGCUCUUGCGGGACCCAUCCACUCACACACAUAUGAACUGGCCUAUGUCUCGAGCCAGUCUGACUUCAUUCCUAGUUCAGGUGAAUUGAUAUUUGAACCUGGAGAUAAAGAAGCUAUAAUAGCGGUAAAUAUCCUUGAUGAUACAGUUCCAGAGGAAGAUGAAUACUUCAGAGUUCAGCUUAAAAAUCCCAAAGGAGGAGCAGAGAUUGGUAUUAAUGGUUAUGUAAAAAUAACUAUUCUGUCUAAUGAUGAUGCCUAUGGAGUGGUUGGAUUUGCUCAGAAUUCAUUAUAUAAACAGGUGGAGGAAAUGGAGCAAGAUAGCCUAGUAACCUUGAACGUUGAACGCUUAAAAGGAACAUAUGGUCGUAUAACUGUAGCGUGGGAAGCUGACAGAAGUAUUAGUGAUAUAUUUCCUACCUCAGGAGUGAUUUCAUUUUCUGAAGGCCAGGCACUGUCUACAAUUACUCUGACUGUUCUUGCUGAUGACCUACCAGAGUUGUCAGAGAUUGUGAUUGUAACACUCAUCCGUAUUAUCACAGAAGGGGUUGAGGACCCAUCAAAAGGUGCUACUAUUGAUCAGAAAAGAAGCAAGUCUGUGAUAACCACUCUGCCCAAUGACUCGCCCUAUGGCUCGGUGGGCUGGCAUGCCGAGUCUCUCUUCGUCAGAGUAGCAGAGCCUAAAGAGAACAUCACCACUCUUCAGUUACAAAUUGUUCGAAAUAAAGGACUACUUGGAGACAUAGCCAUUCAGUUGGUAGCUAAACCCAAUUUCUUACUGCACGUCAGUAAUCAAGCCACUGAGAAUGAAGAUUAUGUGCUACAAGAACCAAUGAUCAUAAUGAAAGAAAACAUAAAAGAAACUUAUGUCAAAGUUGCCAUUUUGCCGGAUGAUGCCCCUGAGCUGGAGGAAGGGUUUAUUGUCAACAUCACUGAGGUGUACCUGGUGAACUCUGACUUCUCUGCAGGACAGCCAAGUGUGCGGAGGCCUGGGAUGGAAAUAGUUGAGAUAAUGAUUGAAGAAAAUGAUGAUCCCAGAGGAAUUUUUAAUUUUCAUGUUACCAGAGAUGUUGGUGGAGUUAUUACUGCCUAUGAGGUACCUCCACCCCUGAACAUUCUUCAAGUUGCUGUAGUCCGGCUGGCUGGAAGCUUUGGGGCAGUAACUGUUUAUUGGAAAGCAACACUGGACAGUGCUGGCCUGGAAGACUUUAAGCCAUCUCACGGGAUUCUUGAAUUUGCAGAUAGACAAGUUAUCGCAGUGAUAGAAAUCACCAUAAUUGAUGAUGCUGAAUUUGAACUCAUGGAGAUAUUCAAUAUUUCCUUAAUCAGGGUGGCUGGAGGUGGCAGACUUGGAGAAGACGUUGUGGUAACUGUUGUUAUUCCACAGAAUGAUUCUCCAUUUGGAGUGUUUGGAUUUGAAGAAAAGACUGUAAUGGUUGAUGAAUCCCUUUUGUCUGAUGACCCUGAUUCAUAUGUGACAUUGACAGUUGUCCGGUCCCCAGGAGGAAAAGGAGCCAUCCGACUUCAGUGGACCAUAGAUGAGAUGGCUAAAGACGACCUCAGUCCUUUGAAUGGGACACUUCAUUUUGAUGAGACUGAGUUCCAGAAGACCAUUGUGUUGCACACACUUCAAGACUCCAUGUUGGAGGAGGACAGGAGUUUCACCAUUCAGCUGGUACCAGUUGAUGAGGUAGAAAUAUCUCCAAUAAAAGGUAGCGCAUCAAUAAUCAUUCGAGGAGAUAAGGGAGUGUCAGGAGAAGUUGGGAUAGCUCCAUCAUCUAGGCACGUCCUCAUUGGGGAACCCACGGCAAAAUAUAAUGGUACUGCUAUCAUCAGCCUCGUUCGUGGCCCAGCGAUUUCUGGGGAGGUCACAGUGUACUGGAGGAUAUUCCCUCCUUCCAUGGGGGAAUUUGCUGAAACUUCAGGAAAACUAACAAUGCGAGAUGGACAGUCUGCGGCAAUUGUAGUGUUACAGGCUUUGAAUGAUGACAUUCCCGAGGAAAAGUGUUUCUAUGAGUUUCAGCUCACUGGAGUCAGCGACGGGGGUGUAUGGCGUGAAGCCAGCAGCAUUGCCAACAUCACAGUGGUGGCUAGUGACUUUCCCUAUGGACGAUUCGCCUUUUCACAAGAACAACUUCGAGUGUCAGAGGAAGUGCAAAAGGUUAACCUCACAAUCAUCCGUUCGGGUGGCUCUUUUGGCCCCGUGAGGCUCUGGUUUGAGGCUGUGAGUGGGACAGCUGAGGCCGGCGUGGAUUUCAUCCCUCCACCAGGGCAGCUCCUCUUUGAAGCGAGGGAGACGGUGAAAAGUGUGCACAUUGAAAUCCUUGAUGACAACCUUCCUGAAGGCCCUGAGGAAUUUUCCCUAGUGAUUACAAAGGUGGAACUCCUGGGAAGGGGGUAUGAUUUUACCAUCCAAGAAAAUGGACUUCAGGUGGAUCAGCCUCCUGAAAUAGGAGACAUCUCCAUCGUCCGAAUCAUCAUAAUGAAAAAUGAUAAUGCAGAGGGAAUCAUUGAAUUUGACCCAAGUUAUACUGACUUUGAAGUGGAGGAGGACGUAGGGAUGAUCAUGAUUCCAGUGGUGAGGCUUCAUGGCACUUACGGCCGUGUGACAGCUGAUGUCAUCUCUCAGAGCUCUUCUGCAGUUCCUGGUGGUGUUGAUUAUGUACUGCAUGGUAGUUCAGUCACCUUUCAGCAUGGGCAGAGCUUAAGUUUUAUAAAUGUUUCCAUCAUUGAUGACAAUGAAAGCGAAUUUGAGGAGCCCAUUGAAAUCCUGCUCAUUGGAGCUACUGGUGGAGCGGUCCUUGGGCGCCACCUAGUGUGCAGAAUCACGAUUGCCAAGAGUGACUCUCCCUUUGGUGUAGUAAGAUUUCUCAAUCAAAGCAAAAUUUCUAUUCCUAAUCCCAAUUCUACAAUGAUUUUACCCUUGAUGCUGGAGCGGACUGGAGGACUCUUGGGAGAGAUUCAGGUAAACUGGGAGAUAGUCGGACCCAAUUCUCAGGAAGCCUUACCAUCACAGAACAGAGACAUCGCUGACCCGGUGAGCGGGUCCUUCUCCUUUGGAGAUGGGGAAGGUGGAGUGAGAAGCAUCACUCUGAUAGUCUAUCCUCAUGAUGACAUUGAAGUUGAAAAGACUUUCAUUAUUAAACUUAAACUUGUGAAAGGAGAAGCUAAAUUAGACUCCAGAGCUAAAGAUGUUACAUUAACAAUACAAAAGUUUGGUGAUCCAAAUGGAGUGGUUCAGUUUGCUCCCGACUCUUUAUCUGAGGAGACCUAUUUGGAGCCAUUAGCUCUGGAAGGGCCCCUGAUCAUUACUUUCUUUGUCAAAAGAGUCAAGGGCACUCUGGGAGAGAUUAUGGUUUACUGGGAAUUAAGCAGUGAGUUUGAUAUUACUGGAGACUUUCUAUCUACAAAAGGAUUUUUCACCAUUGCUGAUGGAGAAAGUGAGGCCAGCUUUGAUGUUAACUUGCUACCAGAUGAUGUACCUGAGAUAGAGGAAGUUUAUGUGAUUCAGCUUGUUUCUGUAAAGGGAGGAGCAGAACUUGAUCCAGAAAAAUGCAUCACACGGUUCUCUGUCUCUGCAAAUGAUGACCCACAUGGGGUAUUUGCCCUGUAUUCAGAUCACCAGUCAAUACUUAUUAGGCAGAACCUUAGUAGAUUCAUCCAAAUUAAUGUAACCCGGCUUGCUGGAACAUUUGGAGAUGUGACUGUUGGAUAUCGAAUAUCAUCUGAUCCUAAGAAGCAGUCUGUUGUUACUGAAGAUGCAGAGAGGCAGCUGGUGGUCAAAGAUGGCACCAGAUAUAAAGUGGACACAGUGUCAGUCAAGAGUCAGGUCUUCCUACCCCUGGGCUCUAAUUUCACCUUGCAACUGGUGACUGUGAUGCUUGUUGGUGGAAGUUUCUAUGGCAUGCCAAGAAUUCUCCAGGAAGCAAAAUCUGCUGUCCUUCCAGUCCCUGAGAAAGCUGCCAAUUCUCAGGUUGGAUUUGAGUCUACUGCUUUUCCACUCCUGGACAUCACCGCUGGAACAAGCCAAGUUGUGAUUUCUAGGAGAGGCACGUAUGGCUCUCUCAAGGUUUCCUGGGCGGCUGGAUAUGUUCCUGGGUUAAAAAUCCCCGAAUUCGUUGUUGUUGGCAAUAUGACCCCCAAAGUGGGGAGUCUUUCAUUUUCCCAUGGAGAAGAAAGUAAAAGAGUCUUGCUGUGGACAUUUCCUAGCCCUGGUCGGCCAGAGGCCUUUGUCAUUCACCUCUCAGGAGUGCAGAGCAGUGCCCCUGGUGGGGCUCAGCUUCGAUCAGGUCUCACCGUUGCUGAAAUUGAACCAAUGGGAGUCUUUCAAUUUUCCCCUAGUUCAAGAAAUAUCAUAGUGUCAGAGGAUACACAGAUGAUCAGAUUACACGUACAAAGACUGUUUGGGUUCCACGGGGAUCUUAUUGAAGUUUCCUAUCAGACAACUGCAGGAAUGGCAAAGCCCCUGGAAGACUUUGAGCCUGUUCAGAAUGGGGGGCUGCUUUUCCAAAAAUUCCAUGCUGAGGUUGAUUUUGAAAUAACUAUUAUUGAUGAUGAGCUUCCUGAGAUAGAAGAAAUUUUUUACAUUAAUCUAACUUCAGUAGAAAUUAAAGGAUCACAAAAAUUUGAUGCUAAUCAGAGACCUCGCCUGAAUCUAGAUUUCAGUGUGGCAGUGAUCACAAUAUUGGAUAAUGAUGACCUGGCAGGAAUGGAUGUUUCUUUCCCCAAGACAACUGUGGCUAUAGCAACGGACACAGCUCUUCCUCUAAAAACUGACUCCUCUACCACACACCCUGACACAACCAAGAUAACUGCCGAAGUGGUUGCGACUGGUACGUCUGCUAUGUCUGAGAAGCCUGAUGUGCUCACUGUAACUGCAGAUGUUUCCCCUCAUGGAACAUUUAGUCUUGGGCCAUCUGUUGUUUAUGUCGAAGAAGAAAUGAAGAAUGGCACGUUUAACGCUGCAGAAGUUCUUGUCCGAAGAACUGGUGGGUCUACUGGCGAUGUCAGUGUAACAGUUAAGACUUUUGGUGAAAGAUCUGCUCAGAAGGAACCAAAUGCAUUGCCCUUUCCUGACAUCCAUGGGAUUUCCAACCUAAGAUGGGCAACUGAAGAAGAAGAUUUUGAAGAGCAAACUCUUAUCCUUACAUUUGUAGAUGGAGAAAGAGAACGUAAAGUAUUUGUUCAAAUUUUGGAUGAUGAUGAGCCUGAGGGGCAAGAAUUCUUCUACGUGUUUCUCACAGACCCACAAGGGGGAGCACAGAUUGUGAAGGGAAAGGAUGACAGUGGGUUUGCAGCUUUUGCCAUGAUCAUCAUUACAGGGAGUGAUCUUCACAAUGGCAUCAUAGGAUUCAGUGAGGAGUCCCAGAGUGUACUGGAGUUGAGUGAAGGAGCUGAGAUGAGCAGACUGCAUCUUGUUGUCACAAGGCAGCCAAACAGAGCCUUUGAAGAUGUCAAGAUCUUUUGGCGAAUCACGUUUAACAAAACAGCUGCUGUGCUCCAAAAAGAUGGUGUGAACCUGAGAGAUGAAUUUCUGUCUGUGUCAGGGACCACAAUCUGUACAGCAGGUCAAACAAAGUGCUUUAUCACCAUUGAGCCCAAACCAGGGAAGAUACGUCAAGUUGGAAUGCAGUUUUUUGUGGAACUGUAUGAAGUAACUGCUGGAGCAGCCAUAAACAAUAGUGCCAGAUUUGCACAGAUUAAAUUAUUACAGAGUGAUAAACCUCUAAGUCUCGUGUAUUUUUCUGUGGGUUCUCGGCUGCCGGUGGCUCAUAAGAAGGCCACUCUAAUCAGUCUGCAGGUGGCCAGAGACUCUGGGACAGGACUAAUGAUGUCUGUUAACUUCAGCACCCAGGAGUUAAGGAGUGCUGAGACAACUGGUCGUACUCUCAUAUCUCCAGCUAUUUCUGGGAAAGACUUUGUGAGAACUGAAGGCAUGUUGAUCUUUGAACCUGGCCAGAGAAACACCAUAUUGGAUGUCAUCCUAACACCAGAGACAGGGUCUUUAAAUCCAUUUCCUAAACGCUUCCAGAUUGUGCUUUUUGACCCAAAAGGUGGUGCCAGAAUUGAUAAAGUGUAUGGGACUGCUAACAUCACUCUUGUCUCUGACGCGGCUUCUCAGGCCUUUUGGGGGCUUGCGGAUCAGCUGCAGCAGCCCCUGGAUGAUGACAUUCUCAACAGGGUGCUCCACAGCAUCAGUGUGAAAGUGGCAACGGAGAACACAGAUGAACAGCUCAGCGCUGUGAUGUAUUUAAUAGACAAGAUAACUGUUGAAGGAAAGAAGCAAGCAUUAAGCAUUGAAAGCCGAAAUCUUUUCUAUGAGAUUCUUUGUGCUCUUGUUAACCCAAAACGCAAGGACACUAGGGGAUUCAGUCACUUUACUGAAGUGACAGAGAAUUUUGCCUUUUCUCUACUGACUGAUGUUACUUGUGGCUCUCUUGGUGAAAAAAGCAAAACCAUCCUUGACAGUUGCCCAUAUUUGUCCAUACUGGCUCUUCACUGGUACCCUCAGCAAAUCAAUGGGCACAAGUUUGAAGGAAAAGAAGGUGAUUAUAUUCGAAUUCCAGAGAGGUUAUUGGAUGUUCCGGAUGCAGAAAUAAUGGCCGGGGAAAGUAUAUGUGAAUUAGUCCAGUUUACAGAGUAUAGCAGCCAGCAGUGGUUUAUAACUGGAACUAAUCUUCAUGCCCUGAAAAAUAAGGUAUUAUCUUUGAGUGUGAAAGGCCAGAGUUCACAACCCCUGACCAACAACAAUGAGAUUCUCUACAGGAUUUAUGCUGCUGAGCCUAGAAUUGUUCCCCAGACAUCUCUGUGUCUCCUUUGGAAUCAGGCUGCUGCAAGCUGGUUGUCUGACAGUCAGUUUUGCAAAGUGGUUGAGGACACUUCAAACUACGUGGAAUGUGCCUGUUCAUACAUGUCCGUGUAUGCAGUCUAUGCCCAGACUGACAACUUGUCUUCAUACAACGAAGCUUUUUUCUCUUCUGGAUUUAUAUGUAUCUCAGGUCUCUGCCUGGCUGUUCUUUCCCAUAUCUUCUGUGCCAAGUAUUCCAUGUUUGCAGCUAAACUUCUGACUCACAUGAUGGCAGCCAGCUUAGGUACACAGAUUGUAUUUCUGGCAUCUGCAUAUGCAAGUCCCCAACUCACGGAGGAGAGCUGUUCAGCCGUGGCUGCUGUCAUACAUUACCUGUAUCUUUGCCAGUUUAGCUGGAUGCUCAUCCAGUCUGUGAAUUUCUGGUACGUGCUGGUGAUGAAUGAUGAACACACAGAAAGGCGGUAUCUGCUGUUUUUUCUUCUGAGUUGGGGACUUCCAGCUUUUGUGGUGAUUCUCCUCAUAGUUAUUUUGAGAGGAGUCUAUCAUCAGAGCAUGUCGCAGAUCUAUGGACUCAUCCACGGUGACCUGUGUUUCAUCCCAAACAUCUAUGCAGCUCUGUUCAGUGCAGCUCUUGUUCCGUUAAUGUGCCUCGUGGUAGUAUUUGUGGUGUUCAUCCAUGCCUACCAGGUGAAGCCACAGUGGAAAGCAUAUGAUGAUGUCUUCAGAGGAAGAACAAAUGCUGCAGAAAUUCCACUGGUUUUGUAUCUCUUUGCCCUGAUUUCAAUGACAUGGCUUUGGGGAGGCCUGCACAUGGCUUACAGACACUUCUGGAUGCUGGUCCUCUUUGUCAUUUUCAACAGUCUGCAGGGACUGUACGUUUUUGUGGUUUAUUUCAUUCUGCACAAUCAGACGUGUUGCCCUAUGAAGGCCAGUUACACAGUGGAAAUGAAUGGGCACCCGGGACCCAGCACAGCCUUCUUCACACCCGGGAGUGGAAUGCCUCCUGUUGGAGGGGAGAUCAGCAAGUCUACCCAGAAUCUGAUCAGCGCUAUGGAGGAGGUGCCACCUGACUGGGAGAGAGCAUCCUUCCGACAAGCCAGCCAGGCCAGCCCUGACUUAAAGCCAAGCCCACAGAAUGGCGCCACGUUCCCUUCCUCUGGAGGAUAUGGCCAGGGGUCACUAAUAGCCGAUGAGGAGUCGCAGGAGUUUGAUGACUUGAUAUUUGCAUUAAAAACUGGAGCUGGUAUCAGUGUCAGUGAUAAUGAAUCUGGUCAAGGCAGCCAGGAGGGAGGCACCUUGACUGACUCCCAGAUCGUAGAACUCAGAAGGAUCCCCAUCGCCGACACCCACCUCUAGCACCUCAGUAACCAUUAGAAUGAGGGUACUUCCCUGUUUGUAUUGGCUCUGUGCUAAAACUUUCUAAGUACAUGCAGCCGUAUAAUAGGACUCUGUGAAUUGUACUGGAUGACUAACCCAGAGGUGAUUGUUGUGUUUGGAAUAUAAAUUACUUAUCUUUGUGCAAUCUGAAAAUUAACUGCUAUAAUGAAAGACUGGAUUGAUUUGUAUCAGUUAAUAGGAUUGGCAUGUCAGUUAAUAGAAUGUACAUAUUCCAAGAGUAUUAGUUGUUUUUUAAUGAUGCUACAUGGCUAACAUUGUUUAAUAAAAGUAAUAACAAUCAAUAAAAACCAUAG